GAAACACAUGUUCCUUCCCUGCUCAGCUGUUACCGCAUAUCCUGGUUUAAGUCACUUCCGCGUGUGUAAGGAUUCCUGUCUUACUUCUGGUUUAACACGAAGUUGCUUAUGGCUGUCAGUUAAAGUAUUGGAAGUUUGCUUGAUGGUGAGCCAGUACAGAUGGUGAGUCUGUCCAGGCACAUUGUGGGCUCUGAGGAAGGGUACGUGUUAUGCAAUGCUGGAUAGAUACAUGGUUUAUUUGGGUUUAUUCAUACUAAAUAUAUUUAUUUUAAUUUAAAAAAAAAAAGGUGGAUUACUCUCGAAUGCCACACAGCUGCUAUCCUGUGUACUAUGUUGGGUUUCUUUAUGCUGUUGGGGCAUUGCAAAGUUCUAUGUAUUUUUAUGCACUGCAAAAAUAAAGAUGGAAAUAAACCAAACAAUAUCCUCCUAAGAGAAUUUUAUUCCUCAUGGUAGAACCAAGCGUUUUGAAUUCCUGUCACUGCUGAUUAUUUUAUAUGCGUUUCGAUACAGUGUUGCAACGUAAUAAAAUGCUGCACAGAUAGAUUCAGAGUUAUAUUGUCAACUACUGUUAGGAUAGCCGUAAUAACAUAUUGAAUUAGAUAUCAUCCAGUGCAAAUCUCCAUGUAAGCCCCGACAAUGCCCAUACUAGCCCAUCUUCUCCUUGACAUUAACCCUAGCCGUGCAUAUAUUUUUCCCUGUGCCCUCCAGUAUUCCCCACAUUAAACCAUCCCAAAUUGUAGUGAAAUGAUUAACUGCAAAAGUUAGGCAAAGAGGAAGUUUGGGGAAAACAAAAGAUCCAGCUCCCCUAUAGUGGCAGUAUGUAGAUAUUGUAGCUUAAUUUUGCAAUUCCAUGUUCAGUUUCUAACAAUAUUGUUCUUAGUGAGUAAACACCCUUUGGUUAUUGUCAAGGAGAUAAACUGGUCAGGGAUAUUUAGUGAUACAGUAGCUCAUUGAGUGUUUGUGAGCUGGGCAGUCAGGUAGUUACACUAUACACUUCACUGUAACACUAAUGGCUGCUCACUAAAUUCCACAUUUUAUCAGAUUAUAUUAAACUGGAAAAAUUAAGGUUUACACGGUUUAUUUGGAAUAAUUCUCCAACUCAACUAUAUCCAGACUUUGACUGUUUUUAGCUUAAAUUUUACCAUUUGGAUUUGAUUGGCUAAAAUCUAGUGAAAAUCCAUGAUUGAAUUCUUACUAAGUUUUGGACAUACCAACAAAGCAUUGUGAUAUACAAUACAAUAUCCAUCUGAUAAAACUCGACAAACUCGAUGCCACACUUACAGUUAAAAUAUGUAAUUUCAUCAGAUCAUAAUUUACUGACUUUCAAACUAGGUUUCUAUGUUGCUGUGUGUUUGAAUUUUUGAUCACGUCUUUAAUUUUGUCAGUAUGGUUGUGUCAGCAGUGCCCUUGUCACCUUUUGUUCUUGUAAAUUUGUUUGGGAAAAAAAAAUCUUGUCUUCCUGUUGGCAGUACUGCAAAAAUCCUGGCAAUUUAUAAACCUGAAUAAAAACUGUUUCUGCAUCAAAGGCAAUCUGUCAUUCAUCAAAGCUAUAAUCAUGUUUCUAAAGGGAAACCAUCACUUUAACUAAUUUUGCUCAUAUCAGUUAUCAGUCAGUGAGAUCAGUUAUUAUUGUUUGACAGCAUAUACCCCAACUGUCCUAGAUCCAGUGGGACCAUCUUGAUUUUGAUCUUUUAUUCCACGCCCAGGGAUCCCAGUGAAAUGUCCUUAGUGAGUGCACCAUUAGACAUGUGCUGUGAUGACUUUCUGGGUUUGCCCACCUCUGUCCUUACUUUUAUACAUCCCAAUGUGACAGAGAGCAAUAUGUUGUCAUUUUAUAUCUCUUUACUUCAUCUGUGUGCUAGAUCAUGGAGAGGUUACACAUAUCCAUACCUUUUGUGAUUGAGUGUAGUUAUAGGGAACAUGUCCUCUCACUAAUAACUAUCAUAUAAUUAUCUUUAAAUGUAUGUUAUUGAGUCUGAUGUGUCCAUAUUAAAGCUCUGAUAUCUACAAGUUAGUUCCAAUACAAGAAAUAUUAAUAGGACAGGGACUUUUUAGGUGUCUCUUUAGCCUUUUACAUAUCCUGUGCUUACACUACAAAGGAUUUCAUUACCAUCUAUAUGCUGAUAACACUCAUAUUUACCUCUCCUCCCUUGAUCUCUUUCCUGUUCUCCUGGAACAAAUCACUGUGUCCCUCCUCUUUCUCUGUCUGAAUGUUGUCAUCCAAAUCCAAGUUCCACCUUAAAAAUAUUGCUCAUGUUCACCCUGUCUAAUGCAGAUGCAACUAAGGCACUUGUUCACACAUUUAUCUUAGCCGAUUGCAACUCACUACUCAUCAGCCUUCCAAAUACACACAUGAUCCCAUGUUAAUCUACAUUGAAUGUUGCCAUAUGGCUUAUCUUCCUGAUUCACCCAUAGUCCCACACCUCACCUCUUUGCUAGUCCUUGCACUGGCUUCCUAUACCUACCGGAUAAUGUACAAGCUACUAACACUAUUUUACAAAAAUUUCACCAAUUCCUAUCUUCAUUUCAUAAUAAAUGCAUCCCUUCCUGUUCCCUUCACUCUGCAAGUGACCUCCUCUUUUCCGGCAUUGCUAAUUCUCAUCUAUAGCAUUUGUCAAUCGUGGAACUAUUCCUAUGGAAUGUCCUACCUUCUUCUUUGUGGACAUUUCCCUAGUGUUCAGUCCUUUUUAAGAUGUCACUGAAAACAGAACUACUGUAUUUAGGAAAGCUUGCAUUUUUCCUGGGUGACUAAUUUCAUUAAAAGACUCCUGGUGUGAAAACCCGAUGGCUGAGUGUACUCGUGGAGGUGAGGGCUCCUUGUGGCCUGCUAAUUGCUAUCGGGCAGGAGACGCAUCCGGUCUUCUGUCCAUUAUUCGACCUGCAGACCGCUUGAGUCCCGCUUCCCCCCCUCUGGGCCGGUGGGGGUUAUCCAAGUCCCCGCUGAGCCAUGCUCUAGGGUCCCCCCAGCUUGCUGUGAGCUGCCCACAUGACAACCAGAACGCCGAGUGGUGGCAAACAAGAUGGCAGAUGCGCCUGUGAUACAGGGCCCGGUGCAGCAUCAAGCCAACCUCACUGACCCACUCGGACACAUUGAAAUGCGACUGAAAGCAGCCUUCAACUGAUUUUGGGCCGUUUACUAGAACGGAUGAAGCGGUUCCCCCUGUGUAAUCACCACUGGUGAGAAACCAGAUACGCAGUGGGACGAGGCCAGAGAGACCCCCCAAAUGCAAAACGACCACACGAAUAGUGCAACAUCCUAUUGUACACUUUCCUGGGCCUAGGGCAACCCAGGGAAUACCCCCAAAGCACCAACCACAGCUCUAUGCAAUUUCCCGGACGAGAAGAAUUUGGACUCAGGGAGACUCCAAGUUCAUGGCAACAGGGUGCGGGCUCUGGAACAGGCCUGGGGCAUGGGGAGUGACUCGCCUCUGACAAGCAGCAGGUCUCACUACAGUGGACAUUUUACACAUGGAAGAUGGGUGCCCAGCCAGGGUAUCUGCUGACUUUCCAAUUUUGGGUGCUGUAUGCCAUCCAAGAUAAGUCUCCUGACAGGAACUCUAACCUAGGCUAAUGCAAACCCAGCGGUUUAAUCAUAUUAUCAUAAUCAUAUUAUAUGGUUUAAUACUGUUAUAAUGCUAAUACAUUUCUAGAUUUUAUAAGUCUCCUAGCUCAACCUACAUUUAUUGAUCAGACAGGUGACCCUAGCUUGUUUUCUCACUUCUGAACGAUAUCAUCCUGUCCAGACAUAUAUCUACAUAUAUCCUCCUGUCUCUGCACACUUCACUUGUGUGUCUUCUGUCUUCUGUCCAUUAUUCGACCUGCAGACCGCUUGAGUCCCGCUUCCCCUCUGGGCCGGUGGGGGUUAUCCAAGUCCCCGCUGGGCCAUGCUCUCCUAUUCUCGGUCCUCGCCUUUUCCUUCAAGCUCAAGGGAAUGGGGGUGUGGUGUUCUGGCCUAUUUGUAAGGGGCUGGUUCACCACCACUUUUGGUUUUCCCUUUCGCAUUGCAGAGAAGCACUGAAACUGUUGCACAAUGGCAAUAUAUUUAUCCUUGUAAAUGAUCUCUAUGCUUUUACUGAUAAUGCAUGAGGCCCGCUUGACUCCUACUGCAUAUAUGGAGAAAUGUGAUUCCAGCUUAUCACUGCUGACAUUUGCUUCCUGAGGUACCUGCAUGUACCAGUUCUUGAUGCAUUUUGAAGGGAAAAAACAAAAUGUAUAUAUCUAAAACUUUUCAUACAAACAGAAAUUUACAACAUGUUCUCCCAUUCUAUGCUUUACCCUCACACCACUUUUAUAAGCUUAGCUAGAUAUCGGUAUAAUGUCUAUCAAUAUCUCCCUGCCUCAAUGACAAAUUGUUCUUCCUGAUGUUUUCUUAUACCUCCUCCUCCUUUGAGCAGGGCUUUUUCACUUCUGGUGUCAGUCAACAUUAUUUUUGUGUCAUUUGCUUGUUUUUAAAUAACCAGAAUGUGUAAUUGUUGCAAUAUAUAAUUAUAAAGUGUUGGUUUUAUAAAUGCUAAUAAUAAUUAAAAGAUAACAUAUUGUUUAUUUUUUCCUCUUCUCAAUUGCAGUGUUAAAAUGAAAGCUGUUAUCCUGGCUGCUGGCUAUGGAACACGACUUCUUCGAGACCUGCAUACUCAUAAGAAUGAACAAUUUAGACAUCUCAUAGGAAUUCCAAAACCAUUGCUCCCAAUUGGGGAGUGUCCUCUCAUAUCAUACUGGGUAGAUGCCUUGGAAGCAACCGAAAUUUCAGAAGUUAUUGUGGUUGUGAGUUUUUUUUCUUCUUUUUAUUUCAUACAGAUAGAUUGCACUGUGGCUUUUCUUGUUCAUUUACAUUUAUGAGCAUAUUUAUAAGUGUGAACUUUAUGUAUAUAUUUUUUGAUUCUUUAUUUUUCGUGUGCAUUAUAAUAAACAUGUUUACCGUGUCACGUCAGCAGAGGUGACCCGGAGUAAAAGCAUAGGUAAACAUAGGCAUGACAAUGAUAUGACUGCACAUAUUUAUUUAUUUUUUUUAAAGUGGAAGGAUCGUAAGCACAUCUAUAACCGUGUGUAUUGUAUAGAAGUGAGUUUGGCUAGGUGGCAUACCGUUAUUGGGUUGAGUGCGGGUGUCUAGCGUGUGUAUGCAUAAUAUAUGGGUGAGUAUCCCCGGGUAAGCUAAGGCCGAGUAUUUAUGUUGGUAAGCCGCUUUCCAACUGGUGAUGUGCACAGAUCCCUCCCACCGAACCCAGAUCACAUAGGCCACCUGACCACCCCGCUCAACCCUUCCCCGGGCCCUAACUGACAACUCCCUGCACCACAAUGCUACAAUGGCCCCCUUGUCAAAACUCAUCAUAGGGCCUCCUCACCCCUCUUGACAGCGGGUACUCACACCACCAUAGUACCCAUACCAUGAUAAGCCUAUACCGCCAAGACAGGUACACAACGAAGCGCAAGACCCAUCCCCCCUAACACACUCACCCAGAGCAGGGCUCUCGCUUGCCACUUAUGAUGUGACCCACCUCUCUGCUCUAUCUCUUGCUAUACAUGAGCUCACGCCUGACUUACUACGCUGUACAGAGGGAAUCACAUGUCAAGACAUUAAGAUUAACUUAUAUUUUUAAAUGCUCCAUUAAUGUAAACAUUAUGUGCAGACCUACAGAUCUGUGAAUAUUUUUAGAAAUUAUAAAGGUCAAACGUAUGCAGAGAAAUGUUCAGGCACCCCUGAAGUUCCAGCUACAGGCAAGACGCAUGUUUGGUGAUGCAGAAGUUGAUUUUGACUUUGCUACUGACGUAUAGAUUUCAUGGGUAAUAGACAUAUACCCCCUCUGCUUCUGUAUCUGAGUCUCACAUGAAGACUUUAUUGUUGUUUAUAUGAGUUUUAUUUGAGCAGCUAUAUCAGACUACCCCUUCAGUCAGUACAGGAUAUAGUUAAACAUAUUAACAAAUAGGGUUUAGGUAAUCACCCACUCCCCGCCAGCGUUAAAAAGGUAUUUUACUUACCUUUUCCCCCACACUGCGCUGCUAUCUCUGCGGCUGUAUACAUCUCCUUUUGCAGGAACAGCAAUAUUUCCAUGCCUCAUUCUAACAGCCACAAGAGGCGCUUCCUUAGAAAUAGCUGAGAUUGGCUGAGGUCAUCAGCCAAUCCAAUACUUGCCCAUUGGUAGGGUAGUGCAUAUGCGGGACAAAAUGCCAUGCCUUCCUGAUGCUUUUCUCCUGCUUUUUUUCCCAUUCUCAAUGAACUGUAUUUUAACUCCUUGAGAAGCAUUGGCAAGUUAUAACUGUGGCUCCAGUAAAGAGGCUUCUCAUAGUCUUUUGCAAGCUGUUUUUAAAUAUACCCUCAAUGAAAAAAAAAUGGAUAAUUAAGUGCAUUCAUGUUUUUACCUACUAAAUAGUGAUUUAUUAAUAAAUAAUGGGGGCAGUGGGGUGUUCCUUGAAAAUCUCCCUUCAUCUUACAGCGUACAUGUGCUAUAAAGUUUAGGUGGGCGAAGGGAGACCUCUACUGAUUUUUGGAACACAUUACAACUAAUGUCUGUGUGUGAUAACGUCUGCUUGUCAAAUAAGGAUGCAAAUAUAUAUUUUUAAUCCCGAAUAUUGUACGCAAAACUCAAUAAUAAUAAAAAUUACAAUUAAAACGAAAACUUGUUUCCAACUGUUUUUUUAUUUUUUUAUUCAGUUUUAAAUGUGUUUUAAUACUAACAUAAGUUUGAAUUUAUCGCUCCAUUCCAAUGAUUCUGCAUUAAAAUGUUCAAUUUGCCUCAGCAAGCAGUUAGUAUGCCCCUGUGGAUGUGGAUGUUAUGGUAAAUGUUACAUUUAUUUUGCUCUGUAUAGAAAACUUAUAGUUCUAUUUCACAAUAUUCAAAAUUACCCUUUUAUGUGCUAGAUGUUUAUCUCUGGUUUCAUUAUUGUAAUGGACUCAGCAGUAAAGACGUUUAUAGAGGUCCUUUUAGUUUCAUUUGAUUUGAUUACUUCCGUCCUCUGGCGUUUGUAUACAAAAAGCACACUUUGCUUUUCUUUCUAAUGUUUAUGAGAAAUGGCUCAAAACCAGACUCUUUUGAAUAUAUGAUCAAUGUCUGAAUUCCUAUACUUUGUAUGGAAUUGGGACAUUUUAGUUUUAAGUAGACAAGGAAUUGAUCAUAAUCGAAUUGCCAAAUUCUGACCGUGCCUCAAAUUGCCUUUCCCAGAAUAACUGGUGGAUUUUUCCUUACGUUUGCUAUUCAAAGCCAAAGGAAAAUUAACUUUCAAAUGUUUUAUUAAACCAUGCAGAUGUUGUUACUUUGCUUCUGGUGUUUUCAGCACACUUGUCAAAUUCAACAUACAAUUGUCUUGUUUUCCAGACCAAUGAUUAUUACCACAAUAAUUUCAAAGAGUGGGCCCAGAAGUAUAAGUCUGUUACACUAAUAAAUGAUGGGUCCUCCAGCAAUGAGGUAUGUUUCAACCUAAUAAAACAAAUAAAGGAUUUUUAGCGCCAAUAGUUCCAUUACGAACUAUGUAUCAACCUAAUACCUUAAUGUUUUCUUUUUACUUACAUUUUCACGAAUGAGCAGCCAUCUUGAAUCCUAUUGAUCUAGUAAGCAAUAAUUGUAGUCCAUGCCCUUUUUUUUUAUUAUUGUUUACAUGUUCUUUCUAUGGAACCACAGCAAUAUUUUUAAUCCCCAAAAAUAUUAAAUACAUCAUGCAAAAUAAACUAAGGCUUCAUAUAUAUUUAAAUGUAUACAGUCCAGGCAACCAUCCCCAGCUAACUUGAUUGUUUUUGUUGUUGUACCAUUGUCAAUAAAGUAUUGACUUUCAGAUGGAAUUGGAAAUCACUUUUCAAUGAGAACACAAUCCACAUUUUACACACCAUUUUACUUCUAGUAAUGCUGCUAUCAGUGAAUAUUGUCAAUUUAAAACCAAGCCAAACUCAUGAUUACCAUGAUCUCAAGCUAAAUUUAUCACUAGGUUAAAGACAAUAAAACUGUCUGUGGGCUCAAAAAGACAUUGCAGUAUAUAUGUGUUUCAUUGAGUUAUAUCUAAAUAGACAUUUGAGGUAUAUUGCUCACAUGUAAUGGUUACAUUAUAUAUUUUGCUGUAUUCCAUGGUAGUGCUUGUUCUUUAAUUAUUCAAUAAUAAGGAAUCAUUAGUGAAUGCUUCCACAUAUCAAGUCAAGUAAGGUUCUUGAGGUGUAUGCUUUGCCCAUCUCAUGCACAUAUACUUGAAAUUAUUUCAGGGUACUGGUUAAUUAUUAUUUUUAGUGACUUUUAAAGACUUUUUAGGUUUUGAUUUUACUAGAUGUAGACAGGAUUGUGAUUGCUGAAACUUGUGUGUAAGUUAUAGAAGUCCCUCUUUACCAGUUUGAGAAUGUUUAAAGUGUUCAAAAGUAUCAGAACCGUGGUUUAAAUCACUUUGACAUUAAAGCCUGCUAUAGUGAUGAUGCUAAGAGUGCCCUGGAACUCUCCAAUGCAGGCAGUCAAACUGUGAUGGUAUAAAUAUAAAUACUUAAUGUACCAUGGGUUUGUGAUUAUUAUCCACUCAUGCGCUCCACUUGUACCUUCGAUUUGCAUUCUAUAUCUAUUUGUGCUGAUCACCUUUGGGGGCACUAGCACUUAAGUUUGUAGCUGCAUCAUUGAAUAUAUUUCUACAACACUGUUUUUAUAAAUAUAUUGUACAUACCUGCAUAUUCUUUCCUUAAGGAGACAGUUUUACCCACUUUUUUUUUUUCUCCUUUUGAAUGCCUGUUUAGCGCUUUUACUGUCUUUGACUUUUAAACUGUGAUGGUGCAAUACAAAACCUUGGUGCCACAUCCCACUUCUCAGAGGGCCAUGGCAGGGUACUCCUGAUACUAAAAUCACUACAGUGCACUUUGAGUAUUGAUUGAAUGGCUCAUCAGUAUUUGUUAGUUGAACAAGAGGUUGUAAUUUACUUAUUAGUCUUUAAGCCUUGGUCUAAGUUGUGUUUGUUUUUUGUUUUUGUUUUUUCACUAGACCUUUCUGCAAGCCAAAUCAAUGCAUGUAAAAUAUGACACAUUCAUGUUUUUUUGUGCUUUGUUUUUGGAAUUUUAGGACCGGUUGGGCGCUGUGUCAUGUUUACAGUUGGCCAUUGACAAAAUAAAAGUAAAUGAUCAUAUACUGGUCAUUGGAGGGUAUGUAACUAUUUCAAAUAAAUAAUUUUAAUACUUAAUAUUGAUUAUGUGGUCUGCUUUGUAAAAUAAAGAUGAAUUCUUAGAAGUAUGCUAUGAAAUAUGAUUUUCAAUAAACUUUGUGCAAAUUAUAUUUAUCAUGGUUAUGUGUUUUGUAAUGUGUUGGCUGUAACUAUUUCAUGAAAGAUAGGAGAUCUGAGAUGGAAAUCCUUUUUCUUUUCUUUUCUUUUUUUUUUUUCAUGGCAACAUGUGGCGUCAGUAGGGGUUUGAGGUGCAGGCUACACUUGGGGGUGACACCCGGUGAGGUUCCAUAGCCCUGAAUCUCUAAUCCCCUAAUUGACCCUCACAGCAGACCGAACAACGAGUAGGGAAUGCAGCAUAGAGCUGUGGGUUUUAUGAUACGUUUCCAGGUAUUCGCAUAGGCACGUCCCAGUGGGACUGGGAAACGUGUCAGGAAACCCUUGCUUGUUCUACAAAAAAAUAGGCACCGUGGAAUAAAGAGGAUGGGAUAGGGAUAUUCAGCCAAUCGCUUACUCACAUUGUGGCCCAUAUCCUGCUUAAGACUGGUGUAAACUGUCUUUACCAGUGGCAAAGUAAGCUGACAAGUGGGGUACGAGCAUCUUCUUAAUUUAAAAAGCCUAGAUCAGGGACUCAAUUCACAGAAUUGAUGGUAAGGGUGAGCUUACAUGCUUGAAGGUGAGUUCUUGUGUCACUGUGUUUUGUGUCAGUAAAUGGUUGUAAGUAUGUCAUUGAUUGUAUAGGUGUACUGUUCCAAACAGUAAUUUCAGAAUGCAGUAUAAUCAAUACUUCCCAUCAACAGGAAUUACUUUGUACUUAUUAACCACUUAAGGACCACAUUGCGGUCUAUGCCAUUGUGCAGUGCAGGGCUUUAACGUCCAGUGAUGGCAUUGACCAUCAUGCAGUAUAGGUACCAGCAUAGGCUACAUUUCUGCUGGUACCAAGGACCCCAGGUAUCUUUCGCUGAGGGUCUUCUGGGGCCACAGUUAGUGGCCCCAAAAUGAUGAGUUGUGUGCAGCUCUCAAAGCCACGGUAUUUUGCUCAGCUGCUGUAUUUCAGUUACUACCCCAGACUGCUACCUUCAAAAACUUUUAAUACCUGGGUGUCCCCUCUGUCAGUUGGGGCCACAAUGAGUGGACCCAGACUGUCAGAAUCGCAAUAUGCAGAAUUCAGCUGCGGUAAUUUAGAAUGUGCCAAAAUAAACAGUGUCCUCCGAGCCUGGCACUGUCCCCCCAUACUAUGAACGAGGCCCACAGGUCUCCCUUCAUGCUCUUUAGUCAGUGAUUGGUGCUGGGCUUUGCCAGCUGACCAGCACCACUAUAUGUGUGCUGCAGCAUGAGAGGGAGCUCUCCCUCUGUAAUUUUGUGUUUUAUUUUUGUAAAUUUGUGUCUGUAAUUUUUUCAAUGACAUUUAUACGGCGUUAUUCCGUUUGUACAAAAUCUGCUGAAAAUGGUCAAAUGCUGACAGCAAUUGCAAUUCUCAUAUUUACUAAAGCCAAAUACAGUUGCAAUUCAUUCAGCCCAAGCAAAUCUGCAGCAAUUGCCCAGAUGCGUUACUACCCAGAUUAAAAAACACUAAUGGUAAUUCUGUGCAUAGUUGGCAUGUCAUCAGCACACAUAGCAUGCUGGCAACAAACAUCCAAUGGUGGAACCCCUUCCCACGCUAAGUCCACGCUAAGUCCUCACUGAAACCCUCCCUCUCAGCUAAGGAACAUCAGACUAAGGUAAGUAUUUAUUAUUUUUUUUUUUUUUUGGGAGGUGGGGUGGACCAUGCCAAUAAGGCUUGCUCCACCCAAAAAUCGUGUUUUUAUUAAAACCGUAACCAAGUAAUGGAGCUGCUCUGUUGGCUAUUUAAAAUACAUUAUCCCCAUGAUACAGUUGGAUGAAGAAGCUCUCUGUCAAAUGAUGAACAAUUCCCUUUUCUAAGUUGUGAUAACAUGCACAGUAUACCAGUCGUACCUGAUUGUAGAUUGUAGACUACCUUAGCUAAAUGUAUUGUACUAUACUAGCUUAUUUUGUCGUUUUAUAAAAUACAGACAUCUUAAAUGCUUGGAUUCUUCCCAUAAUGGACAUCACUCCGACAAUCACAACUUUUCUGAAUAUGCUUAUAUUUUUUAAAGGAAAAAUAAAAAAAAACAAAUACAUGACAUGCUAUAAUCAUGAAGAUCACUUCUAAUAUAUAGCACUAAAUGUAUAUUGCUUACAAUUAUUUUCAGGGACACCUUGUUUUAUGAGGAUUUCCAUCUCAAAGAUGUUAUAAGAAGAUUUCAGUCCCUUUAUAAGGAUAAUGCCAGUGCUAACCUGGUUUUAUCGUACACCUGUAAAGAUGAAGGUAAGUCAUACUUUACAAUCUGAAGGUCAAAGAAAAGUAAAGUAGAUUUUUUUUUUUUUUUUUUUAAAUCUUGCAUCUAACUUUUGCCAUCAAAUAUUUAAUUUGCUAUAUUUAGAGUUUAGUGAACAACAGAUAUUAUUACUAAUUAACACCUUGCCCUGUCACACUCCCUUCUCCAAUCAUGUCACAUUUGCCCCCCUAUCAUUCUCACCCUUCCUCAUUCUGUCACACUCACCCCAAUCAUGUCUCAUUUAACACCCUCACCCUGUCACACUCACCCUGCCAUAGUUACCGCUUUACUCACCUUGUCACAGUCACAAACUUUUACAUAGACAUUCAUCACACACACACACACACACACACACACAUGCACAAGGGUCACAGCAGCCCCCAUAAACACAACACACCGCAAGCAACUACCCCACACACACGGUCUCAAAGAUGAACAUUCCAACACAAGGAUACUCUCGGUCAGACACACACUUUCAGGCACAUACACAUGUAGACCAUGCCAGACACACUCAAACACACACACCUUCACUUAUGUAUACACGACUUCAAGGUUAUGUAACCAUACCCCGCAGUCGUGAAUAAAUGAUUAGCAUAAUUGCUAAUUAAAUCUAAUUUAGUUGGCAAAUUAUGCCAUUACUACAGUCAGAGAGCUCACAAAGCAGCGGCACAGGGAGCCACGACACUGCAAGCCUCUGAAAAAUGAAUACAGAGACUAGCUCUCAGUAUCCAGCGCUGCAAGCUUGUCCUUCAAUACAACUAGAGCACCUUAUAUAUACACAAUGCAACCCCUAUGUUUUUUUUUUUUUUUUUUUACUUUGGGUGUUAGUGGGGCCUCAUGUUUGAAUUUCGUCUAAGGCCUCACAAAGUCUAGAGCCGCCACUGGUGUGUAAUUGCGGCCUCCCAAUGCUUCUCGAUGAGCUGUAAUACAGGCCCAGAAUGCAUGCCACGCUCUGUGAAACUAAUGGAAGCAGAAAAAAAAAAACAACUUUUUGCCUAAGUUACAGUUGGGAAGGCAUUUCUUCUCACAGUUAUAAAACUGCCAAUUUCUAUUGAACUUUCUAUAUCAACCAUUGGAAAAAAAAUAUCAGCAGACUUCAGACAUAGAAAGAACUUCCAUAGUGUUUUAUGUCACCGGCGUUUUCCUUUAACAGACCAUAUUUGGUUAGUUAAAUCUUUAUGUAAAUGAAAUUACAUUGUCUUUAUAAUAAGUGUAAUUAUGUUUAGGUCUUUAUAUGAAUUCUGUCUUCUAUAAAAGCUCUUGCUUAAUACACUGAAGUUACCAUGACACAUUUCUUUUACCCAGAAACUAGGAAAUAUGGGAUUUUGGAGACUGAUGAGGACCAGAGGGUUAGAGCGUUAAGAGAGAAACCUUCUCCCACGGAUACAACAUCAAGACAAGCAGUAAGCUGUACUCCUCUUUCAUAUGUUAAUCAUUUAAUGGGAAGAUGGAAUCAGUUCCAGACACAGUGACAAAAUCAGGAAUCGAGUUAUCAAUGUGUACAUUUCUCACACCUUGGGUUUGGUCAGUGGUUCACACAAAUCACUGCUCUAGCAGUUCUAAUCAAUGAGAAAAACAGUAAGAUGGUUUAAAGGUGCCAGUGGUUUUAAAAUCAUGAUAAAACGAAGGACACUGAGUGAAAUCUGGUGCUGUGGCUGACUGAGGAAUGGGAUUAUUAGAACACAACAUGAACAUUAAAUUUAAACUGAAUGGCGGUCAUAUAGGACUCCUAGUCUGUAACCAGUAGAAUACGGCUCUGUACAGAAUACAGAUUAGUUAAUACAAUUGUAAACAGUAUUUAAGCAGACAGCUUUGCCCCUUACUCAUAAAUCAUCACAGAAGAAAGAUUGGGGUAGGUUUAGCUCAUUUCAUGGGUAAUUCUUUUAGCAAAGUUUAGUUCUGAGAGUGAUUGGUGUUUAUUACUAAGUGUGCAAGCGGUGACAGAGCUUAGCAGCUCUCGUAGUUUACUGAUAGAACAGUAGUAGCAAGCACUUUCAAUUCUCAGAAAACACGUUGCAGGAUAUUCUCUUGGGUAUGAUGAGAUCACCAAUCUCUGCACUUGGGAAACUUUAUGCAUUUAAGGGGCCUAGAGUGAUUAUAAUUAUAGUAUAUGGCACAAAGGGAUAAACUGGCAUUCCAGUGCAUGUGACUGUGAAUGGGUACUACACACUUAAGGUCUGUCGAUUCAGGAUUAAAACAUAUUUUUCUUUUCCUAUCUUUUUAUUUGUUUGUAACUAUGCAGUGUCCUAUCUACUCUCCUGGUAACCUGGUGUAUUUCAGGCCCACAAGGGAUUUUUUUGUACAACCUGUAAACCAAAAUAUUAUGUGUUUCAUCCUACAUUAUGGCUUGCACCAUUAUCAGUCUGACUGACUUACCAAUACAACAUUUAUUUACCACAUCUUAUAUUCAGUACAAUGUGUAUAAUGUUAAAAGAGACAGCAUAUAUAUAUGUUGUUCAAUUCUAACAUAGGAGUUUUACUUAUACUCUACAGGCUGUCUUUCAGCCCAGUAGUAAAGUAUCACUUACUCCCUUACCACAUUCACAUAGUAUGCACUUUUAACAAUUUGUAUUUAACUUCAUUAACUUGUCCUCUACACUAUUGUGGUUGCCGUGUGUAUAUAGGUAAAAAAAUAUCUUUUGAUUAUAUCGGCAUCCUCUAUCUUUUAUGUAAGUUACUUAUCACCUUGCUAAAUCACUUGUUACACAUAUAACUCAUGUAGUAUUGUUAGAUUAUAUUCAUUAUCUAUAUGUUCUAGUGCAUUCCCGUCCGCGCACGGAUGACGCUUUGGGGUCGCCAUGCCAACGCAUAACAACCGGAGACUUGUUUGUCCCUCGUCGGCUCAGGUGUUGGUGGGUGCAACCAAUAAGAUUCUGUUGAUUCUGGUUGCCCUAGUAACACACAGAGCCGUCCAAUAAGAUUUUAGUAGGUGGUGUCACAUGAUCGGAAUCCGGAAGAGAUUCAGUCUGACAUGGCGCCCGCGGCGGCUCUGGCGGGAACGAGAAUGCAACACACCUGAAUGUAAGUACACAUCAUUAUAUGUCCUAUAUAAGUGUGUUUCAAUGUUUUUGAUAUUUUGUGUCCUGAUGAAAGCUCCUGUGAGGAGCUGAAACGUCGAUCUAUUCUUCGCAAUAAAUGAAGAUUUGUUUGUGGUGAAACCCUUGAGUGCCGGUAUUACUUUAAUAUAAAGCUAUUUGGAUUUUGCUUCCCAAGCACUACCAAGCCUCACUAAGCAAACCAGUAACCAACCUCAUGCUGAAGAGUUGCAUUAACAACGAAACAGCUGUCCAUGAGUGGUUCACUGGUUUUGCAUCUUAUCCUAAAUUGUGUUCCAAGCAGUUGUAUACUGCAAACACAAAUUAAAAGGAAUCCAUGUUUAAAAUGGAAUGAGGCAAAAAUGUGAUUCUUUGCUAAACUAAUUUGCAUAUGCCCACCCAGAAUCCUUUGCGGUUGUAACAUCACUGCUGAUUUGGGAUUUCUGUGGGAAAAGCAAGUCUUAUGGCUUGACUGGUAUGCAGAUUUUUGUUUAGCAUUGUAUUAAAAAAAAAAUAAAAAAAAAAAUAUAUAUAUAUAUAUAUACAGGGAGUGCAGAAUUAUUAGGCAAGUUGUAUUUUUGAGGAUUAAUUUUAUUAUUGAACAACAACCAUGUUCUCAAUGAACCCAAAAAACUCAUUAAUAUCAAAGCUGAAUAUUUUUGGAAGUAGUUUUUAGUUUGUUUUUAGUUUUAGCUAUGUUAGGGGGAUAUCUGUGUGUGUGCAGGUGACUAUUACUGUGCAUAAUUAUUAGGCAACUUAACAAAAAACAAAUAUAUACCCAUUUCAAUUAUUUAUUAUUACCAGUGAAACCAAUAUAACAUCUCAACAUUCACAAAUAUACAUUUCUGACAUUCAAAAACAAAACAAAAACAAAUCAGUGACCAAUAUAGCCACCUUUCUUUGCAAGGACACUCAAAAGCCUGCCAUCCAUGGAUUCUGUCAGUGUUUUGAUCUGUUCACCAUCAACAUUGCGUGCAGCAGCAACCACAGCCUCCCAGACACUGUUCAGAGGUGUACUGUUUUUCCCAAUUAUUUGAUGAUGGAUCAUUGUACUAUCGGUUCAGAUUGUGAAUAUCAUUAGAUUUUCUUUCUUAUUCUUUCUGAUAGCCAUCGCUGGGAGUACUUGGACGCCGCGUAUCACACGCUGGCCCAAGUACUCCACAGCCGCGGCUGGGCGUUGUGCGUACAAAAAGAAGAAAAUCUAAUGACAUGGCCUCCUUGUUCACCUGAUCUGAACCCCAUUGAGAACCUGUGGUCCAUCAUCAAAUGUGAGAUUUACAUGCAUUGUCCUGCAUGAAAAUCAUGUUUUUCUUGAAGGAUGCAGACUUCUUCCUGUACCACUGCUUGAAGAAGGUGUCUUCCAGGAACUGGCAGUAGGACUGGGAGUUGAGCUUGACUCCAUCCUCAACCCUAAAAGGCCCCACAAGCUCAUCUUUGAUGAUACCAGCCCAAACCAGUACUCCACCUCCACCUUGCUGGCGUCUGAGUCGGACUGGAGCUCUCUGCCCUUUACCAAUCCAGCCACGGGCCCAUCCAUCUGGCCCAUCAAGACUCACUCUCAUUUCAUCAGUCCAUAAAAACCUUAGAAAAAUCAGUCUUGAGAUAUUUCUUGGCCCAGUCUUGACGUUUCAGCUUGUGUGUCUUGUUCAGUGGUGGUCGUCUUUCAGCCUUUCUUACCUUGGCUAUGUCUCUGAGUAUUGCACACCUUGUGCUUUUGGGCACUCCAGUGAUGUUGCAGCUCUGAAAUAUGGCCAAACUGGUGGCAAGUGGCAUCGUGGCAGCUGCACGCUGACUUUUCUCAGUUCAUGGGCAGUUAUUUUGCGCCUUGGUUUUUCCACACGCUUCUUGCGACCCUGUUGACUAUUUUGAAUGAAACGCUUGAUUGUUCGAUGAUCACGCUUCAGAAGCUUUGCAAUUUUAAGAGUGCUGCAUCCCUCUGCAAGAUAUCUCACUAUUUUUGACUUUUCUGAGCCUGUCAAGUCCUUCUUUUGACCCAUUUUGCCAAAGGAAAGGAAGUUGCCUAAUAAUUAUGCACACCUGAUAUAGGGUGUUGAUGUCAUUAGACCACACCCCUUCUCAUUACAGAGAUGCACAUCACCUAAUAUGCUUAAUUGGUAGUAGGCUUUCAAGCCUAUACAGCUUGGAGUAAGACAACAUGCAUAAAGAGGAUGAUGUGGUCAAAAUACUCAUUUGCCUAAUAAUUCUGCACUCCCUGUAUAUAUAUGUCUGAAACCAAAGCCCUUCAUUUAAGGUAACACUCAAAACACCAUAACCACUAAAGCCUACUACUGUUUAAGAACAAUUUGACAAUUUCACACGGUACCCUGGGCAGCCGCAGCUGCAGUCCUACUUCUUCAUUGUCUUGCAAGACGUUUAACACCACUGACCUAAGUAUGGCCAUGCAGGGACAUUCUCAUUGGCCGAAAAUGCCAACUGAACAUUCUUAGCCAAUGAGCAUGUCUGUAUUGGUCCAUACUGAGCUCAGAAGAGACUGAACUGGACUACAGUCUGUAGUGGUUAUGGUGCUUGGAGUAUCAACUGUAUGUUUCGAUAUAGUAUUAAAUAUGUAACUGACUUCCUUUUGAGAGAGAGUAUAACGUUUAUAUUAUUCAGCUCUGUUAUUGACAUGGGCUACCAUGGAAUUUUAGGGCUAUUUAUAAAAAUUUUUUUAGCCAUCCAGCAGAGAUUGGCAUAGCUGAAACCUGGACCAAAUUCUGUCACUUUCUGGACAUUAAUGAAUUCUAUCAAUAAUGUUUGGGUUUUGCAGUUCGAAUUCGGACUUUCGUGAUAACCCUAAUACUACAAAUCAAAUUGCUGUGAUUGCAGGUACCCACCCCACACUUGUAUAACAUUCAAUAUUAAAGACAAAUAAACCCUGCACCUCUUUAGUGCCUGGCUGUAUUAUUUGUCCAACAAAAACCCAGCGCAACAGUUUUUUUUUUUUGUUAGUUUUUUUUCUUAUUAAAAAAAAUUUUUUGUGGCUAAUAAACCAGUUGCUUCAUGUCCUGAUGAUUUUUUUUUUUUUUUUUUUUUUUUUUUUUUUUUUUUUUUUAGUGUCCUUGUUUUUAUGUGUUAUCUAAAGAUACCCUCCAGUCUGUGAGAGAAUUUCUUCAGGAAAAUAAGGUAAAUAUUUUAUUUUAAUUGGUUUGCAAAGAAUAAAAAAAAAUUUGUUUUGUAACUGAUACUAAAAGCAAUAUUUGGUAUAUUUUAAGGACACUCUUUGAUUCGCUUAUCAGUGAAAGCUUAAAGGUUGUUUAUUUUACUAUUACUGUUUUACUAAAGGUAAUGAUUUCAGUCUGUGAAUUUAGUUGGAGGUGACUAUCUGGGUAAGAUCUACUUACAUUCUUUAUUGAACUUAUACAGCAAUUCUGGCAUUAAGGAUUUCCAAAUUGAUUUAUCUAGUCAUUUAAAACCAGCUGUAUAUCUGAUGCUAGUGACCUCUUGUCAUGUAGGUUGGGCAGCAGUUGUUUUUUUUUUCUAUUCAAAGAUUUUAUUAAGGCUUGAAAGAAACAUUGUAGAAAGACAGUGCAUUAAAAUUGGUAGCAGAUAUGAGUUCAGUCACAUUUUCAUAGAUAUCAUAUAUUCAUAUAAUAUGAAUAAGCAAAAAAUACAAUAUACUAAGAACAAAGUACAUAAUGGAGGGGCAGUUGUGAAAACUAAGCCUAAGUGGGCGAGUAUUGAUAAUCAACAAAGAGCAAAUUCCGUAGCAAAUUCAGUGUAAAGGACUCAUGUAAAGCAUACAUGGGAUUUAUCUUGUGGCAGAAGUGGUUACAUUAAAAAGGCUAUGCAAUAAUGUUGUUCACCCUUCUUGUUACUGCUGUUGUGGCAUUGCAAGAACAUGUACUCCCUGAAAUGCACCACAAAAAUAAAGAAUAAAAAAGGCUAUGCAAUAGAAACAUAGAAACAUAGAAUGUGACGGCAGAUAAGAACCAUUCGGCCCAUCUAGUCUGCCCAAUUUUCUAAAUACUUUCAUUAGUCCCUAGCCUUAUCUUAUAGUUAGGAUAGCCUUAUGCCUAUCCCACGCAUGCUUAAACUCCUUUACUGUGUUAACCUCUACCACUUCAGCUGGAAGGCUAUUCCAUGCAUCCACUACCCUCUCAGUAAAGUAAUACUUCCUGAUAUUAUUUUUAAACCUUUGUCCCUCUAAUUUAAGACUAUGUCCUCUUGUUGUGGUAGUUUUUCUUCUUUUAAAUAUAGUCUCCUCCUUUACUGUGUUGAUUCCCUUUAUAUAUUUAAAUGUUUCUAUCAUAUCCCCCCUGUCUCGUCUUUCCUCCAAGCUAUACAUGUUAAGAUCCUUUAACCUUUCCUGGUAAGUUUUAUCCCGCAAUCCAUGAACCAGUUUAGUAGCCCUUCUCUGAACCCUCUCUAAGGUAUCAAUAUCCUUCUGAAGAUACGGUCUCCAGUACUGUGUACAAUACUCCAAGUGAGGUCUCACCAGUGUUCUGUAUAAUGGCAUGAGCACUUCCCUCUUUCUACUGCUAAUACCUCUCCCUAUACAACCAAGCAUUCUGCUAGCAUUUCCUGCUGCUCUAUUACAUUACAAUAUACCGUAGGCGGCUGCAGAGGUUAAAAAAAUGUAUAUAAAAAAUUGUGGAGUAUAGGUAUCUCCCAGCCGAGUACUCUCAAGAACUCUAAGGACCUUAGACCAGGCACGUACAGCCCCAAAAAAAGGCAGUUUUCGGCCCCUUGAUUCCUCCGAACCCAGGGCAGAUAACGGAGCAAUGCAAAUCCUAAAGGGUACCAUACCCACUACACCACCUGCUGGCCCCCGAGGGCGCCGAACUCCCAUCUUCCUCUUCGUACCAGAGAAAGAUCUCCACCAAGGACUCUGAACCCCAGCCGGGCUCACAGCGAAGGGGUGCAUCUUUCUCUAGGCCACCGGAUCAACCAGAGUUAGAGGCCCUGUCUAUCCGACCUGGUGCAGUCCAGUACGUAUAUCGCUGCAGUUUGUUGGCAGGCCCUCCCGGGCACUGAAGUGAUGCACCGGCAGCCCCCUGGGUGAGUUUUAUGAGAGCCUCCUCAUUUUCUCUCUGGAAAGGUAGAAAGUAACAGGGGGUUGAGGGUAAAACCAAAGUCCAAUGAACAUAGGCUGAGAGCGAAGUACUUAUAAUUUGUAACUGGCAACUUGAAAACAGGAGACCGGAAUAACCCCCUCGGUCAUAUGGGGAUUUGGGGUGUAGUGUGAGCGGGGCUGUAGUGUGAUUUCCCCGGCUGUCAUUGCUGGUUGAAAGCGACAGGCGUCUUCAUGCUGAAUGUUUCAUCCAACACGGGCGGAUGGUCACUGUUCUCCAUUAGUAUGCCGCAGGCUCAGGUCUGCCCAUAAAGCAGGGGUAUUCCCCCAUUCAAACACAGCCUUUUGAAGGGCAGAAUUUAAUGUUUUUUCGGGCUCAAGACUAGAGCUGCAUUAGAUGGCCUCCUGGCAGCUUGACGGUCCAAUAUGCUUAGAUAGUUAAUGUAAUCUUCAACAUCUAUAGAGUGUGUUUAUUUUUUUAUUUAUUUUUUUUAUUAAAGGGCAACUGUUAUUUCCCAGAAUUUUAAGACAUCUGUUUACUUAUCCACUUUAUUUAACAAAAUAUAUUUUUGCAAUGUGCAUAAAAAGGUUAAAAUGAAACUUUCUACUACUUGUCAUUUGCAGCAUUUGCCUGGUAUGAAAUGGAUUGUUCAAUAUUUUUAAAUAUUUAAUAUAAAUGUAAAAAUAAACAGAACAUCACAAUAAAAAGGUUCACAUACGCUACAGAUGAUUUUGAAUGUUUUGAAAACAAAGAAGAUAUUUCUCUAAAAUACUCCAGCCUGUAGCAAUUUCUCCUGUAAUACAUAAACCUGUAACAAGUCAAUGUAUUUUAUAUAAAUAUAGUGCAAAGUGUUAUAUUUGUGCACGUUGUUAUAUUCUACAACAGUGGUCAUAAGAAUCUUUUAGAGAAAUACCCACCCUCCGCGUAGACCUCACAUGUCAACCUACAGGUACUGAAGCAUUUUAACACCGUAUAAAUGUUUCUUUUUUGUAAUUUACAUUUUAUUGGAAUAUCAAAAAAGCAUAACAAUCAACAAACAUGUACAUUCCAAACCGUACAAUUAAUAUAGAAAAGAGAGAAAGACACAGUAAAGUAUUGCACAAAUAGAAGUCUUACAAACAGAACCUCAAAAUCAGACUGAGAAGGCAGAAGGUGUGAGAUGAGAAAUAGGUGUGCACAAGGAAGUGUCGCCCAAAAUGUGUGACUCCACCAGGGUCAGAAGGUUUUUCUAUGGGAAAAAUUAUUUCAAAUUCUUUAUUGAUUAAUGUAAAGAAUUUAUAAAAGCACACAAUGUAAUUCUUUAAUGCUGCGGGCUUUCCACCUUUUUGUUUCUUUAGGAUGCACCCUUAGAGGAAAAAGAUGCUCCAGGUCACUUUCUCUCGUGGCUCGUGAAUAGGUAUUACUAGCUUCCAAAAUUUUUAAAUAUAUAUAUGCAAAACACUUGGCACUCACCUUUCUGUUAUAGAAAAAUCAAUUUCAUACCCUGAUGCUAACCACGUUUAGUAAAUAAUUCCAAUAAUUUCCAGUUUUUCAUAUGCGAAAACAGGAAAAGGAAAAUUUGUUAAUUUUUUUUUUCACACAAAAAAUCUGUGAGUGCACCUACUUUAUUAUUGAAAUGUGUAUAUAUAUUACAAAUAUACUUGUGCUGGCUAAGAAUAUAUAUCAAUAUUUCUCAACAUGUUUUCACUUGAGUGCAGUAGUAGUUUGUUCUUCUAAGCAACCACCCCUAAUUUAAGACAUUGUUUAAGAAAAAUGUUUCUUAUGAAAUAACGGUUGACUAUUAAUAAAACAACGAAGCAUUAGUGGUCCAGUCAUAAGUACGAGUACAGGGUACAAAUACCAAAGAUUUCGAAAUGAUGUAAUUCAGUUACUAAACGGAAACUCAAUCAAAUAUUGAAUAAAACUUCUGGAAUUAUGAGACGUGGGAUAAAGCAGAUAAAAAAACAUAUUACUCUUUCAUGCUUUUGGGAACACGCAUGAUGUUCUGUUGGCUUGACUGAUUUAAGUCUUUACCUAGCUAAUAGGUACACCAAGGGCAUCUAUUUUUAGAAGCCACAGGAACCCAAGUUGUGAUAUCUUUAAAAUAUGUACUAUUGUUCUAAUAGUUUCAAUUUGUGGACCCACUUUUUAGAAAUACAUCCAUUUCGCAGUCAGUAUUUUGAGUAUUAAGGCAAUGAAGCUGUUGGUGAAAAAUGAAUAAGAACACAUGGAGCAUAACAUAUUUGAAAUAAAUAUAUUUGAGUAAGUUCAUGGCAACAUUUUGAUGUUUAAAUACAUAAUUUGUGUGUCUCUUUGCUCCAGAUUACAUUUCUGUAAUAUAUAUUUGUUUUUUUUUUAUUUUUAUUUUUUAUUUGUUUUUCUACAGAAACCCUGUUUAUGUUUAUCAGAUAUCUGGCCGUUUUGACGUUGGAAACUUGGAGUCUUACAUAACGUGUGACAGAUAUUUCCAGGAAAAGAUAAAAAAUCUUCCCAAUUAUCUUCAAUGAUCAGGAAUUUAAUAAAUUCACAUUGCAGCACAGCUGAAACACACAGAGCCAUAUUAAUCAGACACAGUAUACUACCUUUUAAAUAAUUGUGAUUUCCUUUUAAUUAAGCAAAAAAAAAUAAAAAAUGAAGUGUGCUACAUACAGGAUAUAGGACAGUGGAAGUUAGUGAAUAUAUUUUAAAACUUAACUUUUAUUAGACUCAAUAAAAGAACAUUCCCUAAAAUAACUGUUAUAGAUAAAGCUCUCAAAAUGAGAAAAAGAGACAGAAUAUAAAACUGGAGGGAGGUUUAUCACCUAAACAUAGUAUCUAAGAAACCGCAAUAGCCAGUAGAACAAAAAAUAAAUGUUUUUAUAUAUAUAUAAUCAAAAUAAUGUGAUAGCUGUAAAGUGAUCCUUAUAAUCGAAGAAUAUAUAGAGAUAUGGUACCUCUAAACUAUUGCCAUUGUAAAAUUUUAUUCUCAAGUCAUUAGUGAAUUGUUACUCAUAUUAUUAUAUUGAUGUUUUAUCCUCCAGAGGAAGAAAGCACCUUUGGA